GGUGGUUCAGUACAUGUACAUGCAUGGUGACUUUGCGCCUGUGCCCACUUGAAGGAGCGUUUGUGAUUCCACAUGGGUGAGAGCGGAGGUGGCUGGGAUGAUUUCACCAUCACGCAAAUUCUCAUUAAUAAUCUUCAAAGGUCAAUCAUUACGUGUGAGAUGGGCUGGCACCAGCAUGCGUCAGCCGUGAUAUGCCUGAGGCUUGGAUGCAGAGGAUCCUCCUGUCGAGGAGUUUCACCUACACCAUCCUCGCGUUGAUCUUGAUGAACCUGGUCCUACUGGGGAUUGAGGUGGAUGUGGCCUCCGGCAUGCCCUAUGGGGAGUCCCCCGCCUGGUUCGCUGAGAUCAACCUCCUCAUCGUUUUCGUUUUCAUUUGCGAGGUGCUGGGGAUGAUUUCUUGUUUCGGUGCACGGAAGUUCUUCUGCGGUCGCGAGCCAUGGUGGAACAUUUUCGACUUCUGUGUGGUGGUGCUCUCAGCUUUGGAGGUGACCGCGGAGUUCUUUGUGGAGCUGGCGACCAGCGACAUGGACACUGCCAACCUGCGGGUCAUGCGCUUCGUGCGCAUCGCGCGGACGCUCCGUGGGGUGCGCGUCAUCCGCUUGUUGCGCUACAUCGGAUCCCUGCGGACGAUUAUCUUUUCCAUCGUGAGCACCAUGGGCUCGCUUUUCUGGACUCUGGUGCUUUUGGUGCUGAUCUUCUACUGCUUCAGUGUCAUCAUCACCCAAUCUGUGGCAGACUACUGUAGAUUUGAACUCUUUAUGCACGAGAACUCUUGCCCAGACGAGCUUGCGCAGCAUUGGGGCAGUGUGGGGCAGAGCAUGCUAACGCUUUUCCUCGCCAUCUCAGGAGGCCUGAGUUGGGGAGAGGCUUUGCACCCGUUGCGGCCUGUGGGGGCUACGCCUUAUGUCAGUGUGAUGAUCUACGUGGUCAUCACUGUCUUUGCAAUAUUGAAUGUCGUGACUGGUGUGUUUUGCAACACGGCCAUUGAAAGUGCUGGGGCCGAUCGGGAGAUAGCGAUCAUGAAGCAGAUGAAGAAACAAGAUCAACAGGUGGAAACCCUGAAGGAGAUCUUUGAGGAGAUUGACGUGGAUAGUUCGCACACGAUUACGUUUGCAGAGUUGAAGGAGGCAUUCACUUGUGCAAAGAUGGAGAGCUUCAUGAAAUCAAUGGGCAUCAGCACAGAGGAUGUUUGGACUCUCUUUAUGACGGUGGAUGCCGAUGGCAGUGGGGAGAUAUCGAUCGAAGAGUUCGUGCACGGCUGCAUGCAGCUUCAGGGUCCCGCACGUGGCUUGCAGGUGGCCCGAAUGAACUAUGAGAACACCGUGAUGAGAGCAGAUUUGAACAAGAUGAGGGAGGAGGUGGUGAAGUUUCAAACUGAGAUGAGAGCUUCACAAGUAGUGAGAUCGCCCCUGCCAUACAUCUUGCAGUCCGGUCCGUCAUGA